CCCCAACCCAACCAAAUCAAACCACAAACCAAAAACUUCAUCUUCAUCAAAAGAAAUUAACUUCUCUACGUACUACAUUUCCAGUUUUCAGAACAAAAAAAAGUUCAAAACUCUUAAAAAAUGGCGAGUAGAAAGGAAGAAAGAGCAGAAGGUGCAGCAAGAUAUGCUGCUGACGAGAUAAAAUCAGCUAGAGAGGAGAAAGAAUCCCAACAACAACAACAACAUGAGCAACAACUACGCAAAGAUUAUAACCAAGGAGGUUAUACAACUACUGAAAAUUAUUCAACCCACCAACAAAACAAGCCCGGUAUAAUGUCCUCGGUGUUCGGCGCACUCGAAAGCACGUACGAGCACGCUAAGGAGGUUGUCACGGGGAAGACCCACGACGCGGCGGAGAAGACUAAGGAGACUGCUGCGGCUACCUCCGAGAGUAUGAAGGAGAGUCACGACGCUGCGAGCAUUCGUGCUCGUGAGGCUGCUGAUCGUGCGAGGGAGGGUAGAGAUAACACUGCCGAGAGUUUAAGGCAGACUAAGGAUUCUGCUAUAGGGAAGGCAAAAGAUGCUAAGGAUUACACUGCUGAGAAAGCUGUCCAAGCGAAGGAUACUGCUGUUGGAAAAACUAAGGAUGCUACUGGUUAUGUAGCGGAUAAGGCGAAUGCGGCUAAGGAUUACGCUGCUGAGAAAGCUGUAGGAGCUAAGGAUUACACCGCUGAGAAAGCUGUCCAGGCGAAGGACACAGCUGUUGGGAAAACAAAGGAUGCUACAGGUUAUGUAGCGGAUAAGGCGAAGGCGGCUAAGGAUUACACUGCUGAGAAAGCUGUAGGAGCUAAGGAUUACACGGCUGAGAAAGCCGUAGGAGCUAAGGAUUACACAGCUGAGAAGGCUAGGCAGGCGGCAGAGAAGGCGGGGGAGUAUAAGGAUUACACUGCGGAGAAGGCCAAGGAAGCUAAGGAUGUGUCGGUGGAGAAAGCCGUAGGGGCGAAGGAUUACACGGCUGAGAAGGCUAGGCAAGCGGCGGAUAAGACCGGCGAGAUGAAGGAUAAGACGGUGGAGUAUACUGCUGAGAAAGGUAGGCAGGCGGCGGAUAAGGCGGGGGAGUAUAAGGAUUAUACGGCGGAGAAGGCGGUGGAAGGGAAGGAUACAGCUGUGGGGAAGUUGAGUGAGUUGAAAGAUUCGGCAGCGGAUGUUGCCAAGAGGGCGAUGGGUUUUUUGUCUAUGAAGAAAGAUGAGACUAAAGAGAAGGUGGGGGAGACGGCGGAGGCGGCCAAAGAUAAGACAUGGGAGACGGCGGAGGCGGCGAAAGAGAAAGGUAGAGAGGCUAUGGAAUCAGCUAAGCAGACUGCUGAAGCUGCCAAAGAUAAGACGUGGGAGAAGAAAGAGGAGGCCAAGGAUGUAUUAUUCAAGGGUACAGAAGAAGAAGCAAGAAUGCAAAGGGAACAAAUGAGGAUAGAAAAGCUGAGAGAGAAAGGCUACAACGUGGAAGAUGAACCAACUGAGAGAGCUAAAGCUGAUCGUGAAGCUGCUGCACUAAGGGGGGAGGCAGCUAAGAACAAUAUAUUGGGAGCAAUUGGGAAUGUGACUGACGCAAUGAAGAGCAAACUCACAAUGCCAAGCGACACCGUUGCUGAGAAUCGAAAAGGCCGGGGAGCAAGCAAUGAGGAGGGUAAGACUGUGGACGUGACUAUUGAGGAGUCUCCACCGGGGGCGGCUGCCGAUCUUUUUAAGACUGCUGAUCAGAUAACAGGGCAGAGUUUCACCCCUAAUGAUGUAGGUCGGAUGGGGGAGGAAGGGACCGGAAAGCCGAACCGUCGCCGUUAAGUUGCAGUGGGUUUGAUGCAUACAAGUAUAUCAGGAAUUUGGGGUUUUUUGGGGGAGUGUUUGGUAUAUGAUCUUUGUGUUGUGUUAAGCAUAUUUUGGUUGCUUAUUCUCUUUUUGUACGUUAUGGUUUUUGCUCCUCUUAUCUAUGAGGAGUGUGUAGUAGUAUCUUGUUUUUACUCUUCUAUAUAUAUACUCUUCUAUAUGUAUAUGUAUAUAUGAAGAGUGUUUAGUAUUCUGUUUCUUGAUGAAUUUACUGGUGACUGUUAGUUUGCUUUAGCUUGUAUAAUGAUCUAUGUAUGUUUGUGCUUGAGUUGUUUAA